AUGCCUGAUCCCGCAAAACCUGCGCCCAAGAAGGGCUCCAAGAAAGCCGUGACUAAAGCUGCCGGCAAAGGCGGCAAGAAGAGGAGAAAGACCAGGAAGGAGAGCUACGCCAUCUACGUGUACAAGGUCCUGAAGCAGGUCCACCCCGACACUGGGAUCUCCUCUAAGGCCAUGAGUAUUAUGAAUUCAUUCGUCAACGACAUCUUUGAACGCAUCGCCGCUGAGGCCUCUCGUCUGGCCCAUUACAACAAGAGGUCCACCAUCACCUCCAGGGAGAUCCAGACCGCAGUGCGCCUCCUGCUGCCCGGUGAACUGGCCAAACACGCCGUGUCUGAGGGCACCAAGGCUGUGACCAAGUACACCAGCUCCAAGUAAAUCCAACUGGACUAGAAGAUCAACCCAAAGGCUCUUUUAAGAGCCACCCACCAAGUCUGAAAGACUAACUUCAGCUGGAGUCAGAUUACUGUUAAUCUUAUAUUUUCCAU